GUACUGAGGCUUUUGGAACUUGUUUGUGUAUGGCCGUUCCUGCUUUUCCUUCGCCGCUUUAAUUGUCUUUUUUUCCCCCCCUCGGGGCGGAGAUUUGUUGUGACUGACAGGUUCCUAUGCUGAAAUCCAUCGGGGGAGGAAACAAUAACCUCUCUGCAAAAGGCCCGUUCGUGAACGCCGUCUUUUAAUCGGCCUAACACAGGAGAACCAUGUCAAACUGGGUAUCUUACUACAGAAAUGAGGGAGAGGAAGAAGAGGAAGAAGAGGAAGAAGCAGGUGAAAACGUUGGAUUAUAUAAAUAUGGAGGUCGAGACACUUUGCUUUUCUUAGUGGAUGGCUCAAGAACCAUGUUUGAGUCUUUUGAUGGUAGUAAUUUGACACCUUUUGAUAUGACAAUUCAGUGCAUUCAGAAUGUAUACAGAAACAAAAUCAUCAGCCAUGAGAGGGACUUUGUUGGUGUUGUGUUUUAUGGAACAGAGCAGCAUGAUAAUAAAAUGAAUUUUAAACACAUAUAUGUUCUCCAGGAUUUGAGCAAUCCAGGGGCAAAAAAGGUAUUAGAGCUGGCUAGCUAUGAAGGAGAACAGGGAAGAGCUCUCUUCCAAAAGUCCUUUGGCCAUAGUGACAACUACUCAUUAGGCGAGGCACUCUGGGUUUGUAGUAGUCUCUUCAGUCAUGUCUCUGUCAAGAUGAGCCAUAAGAGAAUCAUGCUGUUCACCAAUGAAGAUGAUCCACAUGGCCAAGAUAAUACUAAAAUCAAAUUUGCUAGGACUAAAGCUGCUGACCUACGAGAAACAGGAAUUUACCUUGACUUAAUGAACCUAAAGAAGCCUGGAGGGUUUGAUAUUUCCUUAUUCUACAGAGACAUCAUUAAUACAGCAGAUGAUGAGGACUUAGGAAUCCAGUUUGAAGAGUCUUGCAAAUUGGAGGAUCUUAUGAAGAAAGUACGAGCAAAAGAAACAAGGAAGCGAGCUUUAAGUCGGCUGAAUUUAUAUUUGGGAAAAGAUGUAAUUCUUACUGUAGGCAUUUUCAACUUAGUCCAGAAGGCUGUCAAGCAGCCUCCAGUGAAACUUUACAGAGAAACUAAUGAGCCACUGAAAACAAAAACACGAACCUUUAAUCGAGAGACAGGUAGUUUGCUUCUUCCAAGUGACACCAAGAGAGCUCAGAUUUAUGGGAAUCGUCAGAUUGUGCUAGAGAAGGAAGAGACAGAAGAAAUAAAAAGAUUUGAUUCACCAGGCUUGUAUCUGAUUGGGUUUAAACCCUUGGUAAUGCUGAAGCCAUAUCACUAUAUCAGGCCUGCACAGUUCAUCUACCCUGAUGAGUUCUUAAUGAAUGGAAGUACUACUUUGUUCAAUGCCUUGUUAACAAAGUGUUUGGAGAAAGGAGUGAUGGCCAUAUGUAGAUACAUACCACGUCAAAACAAUCCUCCCAGGUUUAUAGCUCUGGUCCCACAAGAAGAACGACUAGAUGAGCAGAAUGUACAGAUAGUCCCUGCAGGUUUUCAUCUCAUUUUUCUACCUUAUGCUGAUGACAAACGAAAUAUUGACUUUACUGAGAAGGUACCAGCUAAUCAACAACAAGUGAACAAAAUGAAGGAAAUAAUACAGAAGCUUCGAUUCAAGUACAGAAGUGAGAGCUUUGAAAAUCCAGUACUACAACAACAUUAUAUGAAUUUGGAAGCACUGGCACUGGAUUUGAUGGAGCCUGAAAAAGCUGAAGAUCUGACAGUGCCCAAGGUUGAGAUAAUGGAUGGCCGACUGGGUAGUCUUGCAGAAGAGUUUAAACAACUUGUUUAUCCACCAGGCUAUGAUCCUGAUGGGAAAACUGUAAAACGAAAACAAGCAGGUAGUGGUACUGAACAAUCAGAAAAGAAAGCAAGAAUGGAACUCUCUGAAAAGGAAGUGAGGAAUCAUGUUGAUAAAGGCACUUUGGGUAAACUUACUGUGCCAAUUCUAAAGGAUAUAUGCAGGAUUUAUAAGCUAACAGGUGGUGGAAAGAAGCAAGAACUUUUAGAUGUGAUAACUGCGCAUUUCAAUAAGCACUGAGUUUACACCCCCACUGCUUCAAACAUUUUAAUGUUGAAAAUUUCCUAAAUGUUGAGAUUUUGACAAGACAUCUUAGAUAUUUGAUAAAAGGGAGUGGGAAUCAGGGUUUUAUUUUUGUGAAAUUAAUAGAAAAAUCCCCACCUCCUUUCCACUUCUGGUUCUAGAUUUGAUUGUACAGUUUUCAUCUGUCCUUAAUAAAUGAGCUUGGUUUGGCGGUGUCAGCUUUUUCAUUUCACAUAUAACAUAAUGCACAAAGUACCAUAGUAUUAUUUAGGAAAAUAGCUUAUUAUUGAAAGAAUAGUAUUGUACAAAUUUGGUUUGUAUGCAUGCCUCAAGCAUAUAGCAAACGUGCCCUAGCAAUCUUUUUUUUUCCAACCAUGUUUCUUCUUUCCAGUCCAUGAUAGAAACAAGUUAGCUAUUCAGAUUUUACAGAGGUUUUUCUCUUCAGGAGGCACCCUGUACUUUAACAAAAAUAUUUAAAGCUGAACGCAAUUUGCCUAUUUUGUGAUAGACAGUGAUCCAAAGGGGGUCCACAAUGACCCACAGGCCAGCAUUCAUUACUAGGCUGGAGUUCUCUCUUGUGAAUUAGAACAUUCUUAGCUGCCAUUUUCUUUCCAUUUGAUGGAACAGCUAAUUGGCAGCUGGAUGAGUUGCAGUGUAAAGUGGGAAAGUAGGUUUUUUGGGUAAGAGAGAAACCUUACUGUACUUUAGGACACAGCUCAUCCAGUUGACAGUUAUUCACUGAACUGGUUGAAAAAGUGCUAUCCAUGUGCAGAAAAGUUGGAAUCCUGCAGAAAAGUAUGGUUUUAAAGGGGCUUUUUUUUUUUUUUUUUACUAAACCAUGUUCUUCUAUGGUUAUUCUAUUUCAAGUGGCUGAAGUUUUACUAAGUUUACUUCCAAUGUAGCUGGGGCAAUCUGAUCUAAAUUGUGAAGAAAAAGGUUUUCUACAUCUGUUACCAUUUAGUGUCACUAGGAUUUUUGCAGCCCAAGCCUGAUAGCCUAAGUAUGGUGGCACGGGCUGGGAUUCGAUAAUCUCUGGUAGUCAGCUGAGUUUGCUUUACUGUGAUUUAGUAGCAAUACUGAACAUAUGGCUGAAUCUAGCUAGAGAUUAAAAUAUUGGAAAGCUCUGACUCAAAUCUUAUCUUCGAUAAUGAAAACUCACUACUUUUGACUUCAUACUUUUCCAGUUUAUUACCUCAAUUAUUACUAUCGGGUAAUUAUGGGAAAAGGAUUCCUAUACAUGCCAUUGUUAGCUCCUGGAACAAAUUUGAGAGACACACAAAUUAAUUAUAAAAAUAAAAUGCAGAAAAUAGACAUCAUUUUAUUAACAACACCCAGUCAACCUAUUGAGUAUGACAGACAUUCUUGCAUAGUUGAGCACAUUUAAUAUGCGCAACCUACAUACAACUAAAACUUCUAUGUAUGUUUGUAAUCUUCGUUUGGGCAAAAUGCUGCAUCAGACAGCAACAACUUUGGAAUCUGCAUACCUCAAAUGGGUUACUUACAGAAUACACCCAAAUCUGGCAUCUAUGAUUCCUAUAAGAAUGAAAUUUGGUAAAGUUAGAUUCUUCAAUGCUGCUGCACUGCUGCAGAAAGGUUAUAGUUUUCAAAAGGUAAUUAAGAAAACUGGCAGGCAAGCUUACAAGUUUGGGGAGGGAAAGGGUUUUUCCCCCAAUGCGCUCUGUCAGCUUCCCAGAAGGAAACUCAUUAGUGAAGCUGUCACUCUGGUCUCACUCAUUUUUUGCUGCCCAAGGUUAUUCUGUUUGUUUACAUAGGGAAUUAUCUCUGAAAUGAUGACUCAUCUGGUCAUGAGUUGUAUUGUUCCUUUGUAUAAUCCCAUUUAUGUAUCUUCAAACUUUAUAUCAUGCAAAAUAUAUUUGUUGUGUUCUUUUUCAUCCAGAAAAGACAAAUGUUUAAAGGUUUUGCUAAUAAAAUAGUGCCAACAGUU